UAUCAAUGUACAUGUAUAGUUAGCUUACAAACGCGGUCUAACUCAUCAUUCUCCCAUAGCACAUUGAACUAUCGAAAGUGUGGUCAAAAUGUUUGUUCUUGUCACAGUUGCCCUCUUUGUGUUCGGCACAGAUGCUCUUCUUUUCCCAAUGAACAAUGGAAACGAGCCAGAACCAGAGUUGAUAUUUGCAUGUCCUCCACCUAUUGUACCACAGUUCGGCAGUAUCAGAUGUGACUAUGGCAUAUUCGAAAUGAACUGUACCGCCCAAUGUAACAAUGGGUUCCAGUUCGAAGAUGGCAGCCAUUCUGCAUCCGUCAAGUGUGAUCUCUUUGAGGGAAAGUCUACCCCAGAUUUACAGAAAUGUGUCAGAAUUGGAGUUCUCCACCCUUCUACAGACGCCCCAACCGCACCAACCGGCACUGGAGUCACAGGGGUUCCAUCCACUGCUAAAAACUGCAUUCGAAACUUGACCGACUGUUUUGGCAUCCCGUCUGGAGAUUACGCAUAUUGCGACAAUUGUCGUAUGUUUGCCACGUGCGCCGGAAGUGGAUUUUACGUUCGUAACUGUCCGGGAAUUGCCGUAUUUAACGCAGCACUUGAUAGAUGCCAAGACAACAGCCCAACAUCCUGCAGGUUGAUCUAGUUCGAAACAUUUUUCAAAUCAAGUGUCUAAACUCUACUAUAAAUGUAGGAAUAUCUUUACUAAUUUUCAUUCACUUUACUCAUUUCAGUGGACGCUUAUAUGUCAUUCAUAAAUAAAUAUUAUUAUAAUGAUAUGUUUUCAA